GGCUCAGGUGCAUCGCUCUCGGGGCCGGGCACUAAACCCCUGCGGGAGUUGGCCCUGGUUCCGCGGCCGAGACUGCCGCUGCCGCACGCUGUCCCGGUGAUCGCGCCGCGCUUUGUGCGGGCGCGGAGUGAUCGUGUGCGGGCGUGCGUGUGUCUUUGCAAGUGUGGGGUGUUGGUAUGCGGAUCAUUAAGGCACGGGAGUGUGGUGUAUCGAGGGCGUGGUGAUUGUGUCAGUGUGCACGAGUGUGAGGGCUGGUGUGUGAGUGUGCAAGAUCAGACGUGCGUGUGUGUGAAUAUGAGAGCGCAAAAUCAGACCCGCGUUUGAGUGUGGAAGAGCAGAUUGUAUGAAAUGAGCGCGCGCGAUUGUGACGACGCGGUAGAGUGUUAAGUAAGUGUGCAAGACCGUGUGCGUGGAUUUCAGCGUGUGAACGUAUGUGUGGGGAAGUUGUUGAAUGUGAACGCACGCCUCUUGAGUGUGUCUGUGUGUGGGAAUGAGAAUUGCGAGUGGUACCAUUGUGCGAAUAAGUGUGCGUGUAAGUUAUGGAUGAGUAUGUGUUUAAGUGCGUGUUCGUGUAAGUGUGCGCUCGUGUGCAUGUGGGUGCACUGGGUUUUGUGAGUGAGCACGCGUGUGUUUUAUGGUUUUGUGUGUAAGUGUGCGCCGGUCUUUGUGUGAGUGUGAGUCUGCGUGUGAAGUGUGCACUGGGCUUUGUAUGUGCGUGUGAGUGUGUGCGCCGGCUUUGUGUGUGUGUUGGAGCGUGUGCACCGGGCUUUGUGUGCGUGUUUGCACGGGGCUUUGUGUGUCGGUGUGUGCGCGCCGGGCUUUGUGUGUGAGUGUGAGUGCGCGUGAGCACACACCGCUGUCGGGACUCCGCGCCGUCCGUUUAUUCCCCGCAAACAGACCUUCCUGAGCGAGUCCGCCCGCACCUUAUGCGGGGACAUUUGUUUCUGCUAAGUUUUAUUCUGCGGCCGCAUUGCAAAACCCAGGCGCAGUUGCCAGCGCCGGGCGCUCUUUUCCCCGACAUGGGCGCAGUUGGUUGCAAUGAAGGAUUCUUUUGCCAGGAGAGCCGGUUUGGAAUUUUCUCCGCUUUCGGCCGAAGAUUUUGCCUAGUGCGCUAGACGGGGGUCGGAUACGCAGGCGUACAACUCAUCUUCCGCCUUUCUUUAUUUUUUUGAGACAGUUAUUUUUGAAGAAGAAGAAAAAAAAGGAAUGGAGAUUAAAUACAAAGAGUGGAUUCUGGAAACCAUCGACUCUUUGCGGUCCCGCAAAGCCCGGCCCGAUGUGGAGCGGAUUUGCCGGAUGAUCGAGCGCAGGCACGGGCUCUCGCCGGCCGAGACCGAGCAGCAACUGGACAAGCUAGUGCGGGCCGAGCUGGUGGUCAAAGUGGCGUACAAGGGAUCCAACAGUUACCGCAACGCUGCCAAGUGGUACAAGAGCAAAGCGAGGAAGGGGCCGGAGAGCGGCGGCGGGCUCCCGCAGCAACCCCCGGACACGGGUCGACGGGCGCUGGCCAGCCGGAAAGUCGGCAACGGGAGGCUGCAGCUCGCCCUGAAACGGGAGCUGAGCCGCGGCAGACUCCCGCACGCCGGCUCCCCGCAGCCGCAAGUCAGGGCGGACGGUGCAAAAGUCUCAAACGCGUCCUGCCGGGCUUUUCCCACGAACAAGGGCUAUGCCAGGAUUCGCAAGGAGCGAGCUUUCGAAGCGGAUGCUCGUUUAACGAACACGACAACAGGUGACGACACUCCGGACGAGUGUAUGGAACCAGAACUGACAGAGAUCGAAGAACGCACCAGUCUAGAUUUGGAGCAAGAUGCCUCUGAGAUGGAAUCGGUGGGACACUCCUCUGUGGACAACUUUCCCAAGGCUCCUGAACCCACGCAUACCUCUGAGCCGUCAGAACUCUUGAAUUGUGAAGACUACAAGAAGUCUCGUGGCUUGAAUGGUCAUACCCAAGACCCUUCAGGAAACUCUGCAGUUCUGGAAGUCCGAGGUGCCUCAUGCCUCCCAACGCCGUCGGCGUCUCCCGUCGAGAUGAAGACGUUUGAGACCAGCUCCUUGGGCACUGAGAGUCCAACGGAAAACACUCGGCUAGAUCCAGUGGAGUGGACGAUCCUAGACGUUUUCAACUACUUCAAGAAAGCUGGCUUCGAGGACCAGGCUGGAGCAUUUCAGGAACAGGAAAUCGACGGCAAGUCCCUGCUGCUCAUGAAACGGAGCGACGUUCUAACAGGACUGUCGAUCAAGCUGGGCCCCGCCCUGAAGAUCUACGAGUUCCACGUGAAGGCCUUGCAAAUGAGUCACUUGAAGGGCAGUUCCUCGGAGUGUUAGAGGAGGCCGGCGACUUCUGUGCUGGAGGUGGUGCGUUGGGGUCAAUACCUCCCUUCUUCCUGGUUGCAUGUAGGAUAUUGGAUGUUCAAUAGUGUGGAUUGUGUGUUGUAGAAACUUGUCAGUCUCCUCUUUUAAGUUCGAGGUGUUGUCGAAACCCCUUGAGAUGUUGGCCUGGACCCUUGCCUUGGAUUUUGUGAGCAGUUGUGUUUCGCACCCCCCCUGCCUCGCACCCCCCCCCCAAGUAAGCAUAUUUACUUUGUGUACAUAACUCCUGUCUGAGGUGUUGCAUCGUGGGAAGCUGUAACCAUGGGGACACACACUUACAGCAGUAACACGUUGCUUAACUGUGGAUGUCUUCGGAAAGACGUGACUGUAUUUGUAAAAGAAAUAUAUAUUCUAUUGAUUUGAUGGAAAUGGAUGGUAGCGGGGUUUCUCAGUGUCACGUUUAGCUGUCAGUGUCGCUGUUGGGAGGCCUUCAGCCUGACAGUGCCUAUCCGGAAGGAAUCUGGUUGGGUGACGAGGGGAACCACAUGAACUUUGGAAUGAGGUGGGGGUGGGCACCAUGGUAGUUCAGCAGUUAAUGCAAUGCUACUACAGCUCUGAGCGUAUGAUUUCAAUUCCUGCGCCGUCUGUAAGGAGUUUGCACAUCCUCCCUGUAAACCAUGUGCAUUUCCUCCGGGUGCUCUGAUUUCCUCCCACGGUCCAAGGACAUACUGGUUAGUAGGUUAAUUGGUCAAUGUAAAUUGCCCUGUGAUUAGGUUAGGGUUGAAUAGGUGGGUUGCUGGGCGGUAAGACACAUUGGGAUGGAACUGUUGUUCGGUGCUCUCUCUCUGAGUUAAUAAUAUCCUGAGGUUCCUGACACUGCGUCCCUCACGGAGGGAGUGCGCAGACUUGCCAGAUAUUCCUGACGCCUCCCCCGCCCUGGUCUGAUUGGCUGGAAGAUGAUCGAUCACACACAGAUGCAGGAAGCCUUGCUGUGGUGUGGUUGCCGGGAAACAUCUCAGCAAAUUGCUUUGAGGUUUGUGGAAAGUUGUGAGGUAUUGAGGCUCAGAAUCAGUUUUAAUAUCACUGGCAUAUGUCGUGAAAUUUGUUCUGCGGCAGCAGUGCAUAAUAAAACUGUGAAUUACAGUAAGAAGUGUGUGUGUAUAUAUAUGAAAAUUAAGUUAAAUGAGUAGUGCAGUAAGAGGAGAAGAAAUAGUGAAGUAGUAUAUGAUGGGCUCGUUAUCCAUUUGGAAAUCUGAUGGUGGAGGGAAAGAUGCUGUACCUGAAAUGUUGGGUGUGUUCAGGCUCCUGUCCUCCUCGAUGCAGAUCGCCACGUGUAGGUUGUUAACGCAAAAGACAUAAUGCUAAUUGUAUCAGCCUGAGAUAGGCUUGAGCUGAGGCCUACACUCAAUUUACAAAGAUUCAAGUUUACUUAUCACGUGUGCAUCGAAGCAUAUGGUGAAAUGUGUCUUUUUACAUUAACAUCCAACACCCAACCAUGUGCUGGGGACAGACCGACAAGAAUCAUCACAGAUCGGGCACCAAUGUAGCCCUUGAUGAACACAAGCAACUAAACAACGGGCGGCACAGCAGCGUAGUGGUUGGCACAAUAAUUUACAAUAUUCAAUUCCUGCCACUGCCUGGAAGAAAUUUGUACAUUCUCCCCACGACGGGUUGGGUUUCCUCCCAGUGUUCCGGUUUCCUCCUUGGUCACUGUAAAUGCUCCUGUGGCUAGGAUAGGAUUUAAUCGGGGGUUGCCGGGCAGCGCGGCUGCAAGCGCCUGUUCCACGCAGCAGUUUAAUAAAAUAAAAAAAAACAGCAGCAGUAAAAACGAACCCCGUUCCUUCCUCCCACCCACGCACGUACGUGGUCUUUAACCCCAGGACAGGCCAUCUUCUUUUGACCUCCAGCAGUCUUGGAUUGGGCUGUGCAGACAUUGGGCUUCAACUAACCUCCGGGUUCAUAGGCUUGACUCUGUUCAGUGGGCCUUGGCUUCCAGACUCCUGAUUCAACCCUUAGGCCUGGAUCCCAGGACAGAAACUCAGGCAAUGCCCAUGUCUGGAGUAACUCAGCACAUCGCGCAUCGUCUACGGAGAGUAAUUAACAGUCAGUGUUUCGGGCCAAGAGCCUUUAUCGAGUGGAAGAAGCCAGAAUAAAAGGGUGGGGGAAGGGAAGGAGGACUAACUAGAAGAUGAUGGGUGAAGCCAGGUUGGUGGGGGAGGACUAAGUAAGAAGCUGGGAGGUGAUAGGUGGAAAGGAUAAUGGGCUGAAGAAGAAGGAAUCUGAUAGGUGAGGACAGUAGACCGUGGGAGAAAGGGAAGAAGGAGGGGCGCCAGGGAGAAGUUAUAGACUGUCGAGGAGAAGAGGGGAGAGACCAGAGUGGGGACUUGAAGAAGAGGGAAGAGGAGGGAGGAAAACAUUAAGUAUUGGAAGGAGAAAUCAAUUUCCAAUCCUAAUGAUGGGUCUUGGCCUGAAAUGUUGACUGUUCAUUCAUUUCCAUAGGUGAGUUCCUCCAGCAUUUUGUGUGUGUUGCUCUGGAUCUCCAGCAUCUGCAGAGUCUCAAACAAGAGAAAAUCUGGAGGUGCUGGAAACCCAGAGGAACUCGGCAGGCCAGGCACCAUCAAUGGGAAAAAGUACAGUUGGAUGUUUUGAAUUGAGACCCUUCUGCAGAAUUUCUUGUGUUUAACAGAAACUACAGUGACCUCUCUCAGUAAAAGCAGGAUAAUCCCAGCAGGAAGGGUAGUGUGGUUUCCAGAUAAUGUGAAGUUCCUGCACUUCCAUCAGUACUAUAGGGAAAUUAUUCAAUCAUCUCUCCAUUCAGCAUACAACUUUACAUCAAGAUGUGGCUGGAAUUUAAACAGUUCCUGUGUCUGGAUAUGUGAAGAUUGUCUUGACUUGAUAGAGGUGUAUAAUAUGACAGUGGCAUGGUAGCGUAGUGGUCAAUGUAACACUGUUACAGCAGCUUUCAAUCCUGCCGCUGUCUGUAAGAAGGUUGUAUGCUCUCUCUGUGAGCACGUGAGCUUCCUCCAGGCAUGCUGCAUUCCUCCCGCGUUCCACAGGUGUACAGGUUAGCAGGUAAUCGGGAACAUAGCUGUAAUUGACAGUGUGGGCUCGUUGGAUCAGAAGGGCCUGUUACCAUAAUGGCUCAGUCUGUCUAAGUAACAAUGGAUGCGCCGGUUUAGGACUCAGUUGGGUGUGGAACAGCGUCGGCUGUGGCUGAAUAAGCCGACUCUGGAGUGGCAGUCCUUGGCACAGCUGCUGCACACGAAGGCCGAUGGCUGCAGCUGGGUAGUCACUGCCGCAGCUUUCCUUCUCUCUCUCCUGUCCCACCACUGUCGAGUUUGUCUUUCCUCUGCAUUGGUGACGCCCGGACGUAUAGCCUGUCGCCAGCUGCAGCGAUUCGCAGGUGUCUCUCCCCAAGUGAUGUCAGCAGACUUCAGGUCACGUUUACAAACGUCCCUAUAACGCAGCAGUGAGCGCCCUAUGGGCCGGGCUCCUGCGGCGAGUUCUCCGUGUAGGAUGUCCUGGGGGAAUGCGGCGGACGCGGCCAGGCCAGUGCGGUCGUCACUGUGUGAGAGGGGCAUACAUGCUGGCUUGGUCCAGGACGUCCUUGUUUGGCACGCAGUCUUUCCAGGAAAUGCCCAGGAUCCGACACAGGCACCAUAGGUUGAGGUGGUGCUCUUGGCGUGCGUAGGUUGUCCAACUCUGGCUGCCGUAGAGAUGAGUGCUCAGUACACAGGCUCUGUACACUGCAGUCUCGGUGGCUGUGGUGAGCUUGUUGUUUUUCCCCGCUCUCUUCGGCAGCUGGAUCGAGGGACAGGUUGCUGGAGGCUGUGGACCCUCGGUAGGUGAAUUCAUCUACCGCUUGCAGGGUGUGGUCGCCGAUGCCUUUGCUGACGACCUGGCCCACGACCUCCAUCUUCUUCAGACUGAUGGUGAGGCCAAACUCUUUGGCAAGCAUGUGCCAGGGAACUGACUAGCCUCUGGAGACCAGACUGUGUGGGUGACGUCAGGGCGGCAUCAUCAGGACCUGACGCACUUUGGUCUUUGCUCUGAGGCGUGCAAGGUUGAGGAGCUUGCCCUCGGGCCUAGUGUGUCGGUACACUCCGUCAUCAGUUGUCCUGAAAGCGUACAACAGCACGAGGGAGAUGAAGAUCCCGAAGAGCAUCGGGGCAGGGACAUAACCCUGCUUCACUCCGCUUUGGAUGGGGAAUUGUACUGUCCCCUGCAUGCCGUCAUGGAAAGAGGCGACGAGAUUCAGCAGCUUUGCUGGGCAUCCGAUCUUCUUCUGGAGUGCGAAGAGGCCUCUUCUGCUAACCAGGUGGAAAGCCUUGGUCAGAUCGAUACAGGCAUCGUAAAAAGGCUGUCUCUGUUCUCCUGCAGCUGCCAGAGUGAGAAGAUCAUGUCGAUGGUGGAUCUCUCUGCUCUGAAACCACACUGGGACUCGGGGUAGCCGCGUUCUGCCGGUGUCUGCAGUCGGGCAAACGCCUUGCCAAUGGUGUUGAGCAGGAAUAUGCCUCUGUAAUUAUUACAGUCGUUGCGGUCUCCCUUAUCCUUGAACAAUGUGAUGAUGCUUGCGUCUCGCAUGUCUUGGGGAACGGAUUCCUCCUCCCAGCACUGGCCGAGCAGGUCUUGAAGGUGGCUUAGGAGCACUGGUUUCCCGCACUGGAUCACUUCCACAGGGAUGCCGUCUUUGCCCGGUGCCCUGUCGGUGGCCUUGUUGUGUUCUUCCUCUGUUGGGGGUAGGCCCAGCUCUUUCAUGACAAGUGGGGCAGGGAUACUGGCAAGGGCUGACUCAGUGACCAUGUUCUCAGCGGCAUGCAGGUUUUGGUAGAGCUCGGCCCACCUCUACAUCUGCUUAGCGCGGUCCUUGAUGACUUCACCGUCCCUGGUCCCGAAGGCUUUCUUCAUCCCCUCAUACAUGCCUUGCACGUUGCCACUGUCGGCACAGGUCUGCGUGCUCUGGCACAGCUUCUGCCAGUAGUCAACUGUGCAGCACCUAGCCGUCCUCUGAGCGUUGUUUCUUGCCAUUCUCAGUGCAGUGAGGUUCUGCUCUGACAAGUCCCUUUUGUAGUUGAUCGGAGCUUCUCUCUUGGCAUUGAUGACAGGUUCAAUCUCAGACAGCUGAGAUUCAAACCAAUCUUGGAUUUUCCUUCCCUCCUUCCCGGAGGGAUGACAUGGCGGUGUUGUAGACGGUGUCACGAAUGAAUUGGUUGUGGCUGUAUUUGCUUUGGAAGCCUGCUCCAUUUAGUUGUUGAGUUUCGUGCGAAGUUCUGGGUUCGCUGCCUUAGCGGUGUUGACGCGUGGGCAUCCUUUCUGCUUGGUGUGGUGGAUCUUUGGUUUCAGUUGGACUUUGCUGCACACCAUGGAAUGGCCUGUGUCGCAGUCUGCACCGUGUAAGCUGCGUGUUAGAAGCAAGCUGUUGAGGGCAGCUCUUCUGGUGGUGAUCAUGUCCCGCUGAUGCCAGUGUCCGGACCAGGAGACUCUAUGGCGAGGCUUUGUCUUGAAGAGCGUGUUGGUGAGGCACAGCUUGCCAUAGGAGCGAAGCUCCACUGGUCUCUGGCCGUUGUUCAUCUUGCCAAAGCCGAAGUGUCCGAGGCAGCCUGGCCAUGAGCUGUGGUCAGAUCCGACUCCAGCAUCGAAAUCACCAAGCGGAAUGAUGCGUUCAGAUUCUGGUAUUUUGCUGAUGGUAGCAUCGAGGUCCUCGUAAAACUGACCUUUUGCUUCUUGAGGUGAGCCCAGCGUUGGAGCGUAGACACUCAGGAUGUUCACUUUACCGGACGACGUUGAAGGGCUGAGGGAAAGGAUGGUUUCUGACCCGCCGGUGGGAGGAACUAUCGUGGACAGCAGGCUGUUGUUGACAGCAAGGCCAACACCAUGCGGUCGAGGUUCCUCAGGUGGUCUGCCCUGCUGAAAGAAGGUAGAGUCCCUCUCCCGCAGCAAGCCUGCUCUCUUGCAGUGCUGCUACGUCGAUGUCCAGCCUCCUCAGCUCAGAGUCGAUGAUUGCUGUUUUCCUGCUGUCGCUGAUCUGCUGCAGGUCGUCUGAGAGGCCGGGGCCCACUGUCCUAACGUUCAGUCGCAUGACUGGUGGUUUCUUCUUUCUUCUCUGUCGUUUGCCUGGUGCAGUGAUGGCUGUCCGCUUUUCGAUGCAAAUCUAAGCUCCAAGCACCCAUUGAAGCAUACCAUGAUGUAUCUCUAAAUAAGUCGACGGCCAGCACCUUUUCCCAUGGCAGAAAUGGCUAACAUAGGGGGGCAUAAUUUUAAGGUGAUUGGGGGAAAGGAUUGGAGAGAUGUCAGAGGCAGGUUUUUUUACACACAUUGAUGGGUGUGUGGAACACCUGGCCAGGCUUGGUGUUAGAGGCAGAUACAUUUGGGACAUUUAUCCAAGACUCUUGGAUAGGCACGUGGAUGAUAGGAAAAUUAAGGGUUAUUGGGGAGGGAAGGGUUAGAUUGAUUUUAGAGUAGGUUUAAAAGGGUCAGCAUAACAUUGUUGGCCGAAGGGCCUGUACUGUGAUGUAUGUUCUUUGAUCUGCCACUUUAAUUGUCCGCUGUAAAUUGCCUCUAGUGUGGGUGAGGGGUGGAAUCUGGGGGGAGUUGAUGGAAAUGAGGGGGCAUGAAUAAAAUGGUUCUGGGGUAGGGUUGGUGUUGAUGAUCGGCACAAACUCGAUGAGCUGAAGGGCUUGUUUCAGUCCGAAUAUGGUGCUGGGGGCAGCCCGCAAGUGUCACCAAGCUUCCAGCGCCAACGUAGCAUGCCCACAACUCACUAACCUUUGGAGUGUGGGAGGAAACACAAAAUCUGGAGGAACUCGGCAGAUCAGGCAGCAUCUGUGGGCAGCAGCAGGAAGCGAGUCCAGAUUUUUCCCAUCAGUGGUGCCACUACACUAAUGGCUACGCUGCUGUGUCAAAUGAAGGGCGUGGUAACACUUUGUUUUGCAUUCGUUUGUAGUUAGAUUAUUUUUUAUUAUUAUUUGUCACAUGUCCAUCAAAGACGUACGUUAUGUACAACGCAGCCCGAGGAUUGUGCUGGGCACAGGGCACAGGUGUUGUCACCCUUUCUGUGCCAACACGGCGUGCCCACAGCUCACUAACCCUAACCCAUCUUUGGACUGUAGGAGGAAACCCACACGACCAUGCGGAGACCGCACAGAUAUUCCUUACAGACAGCAGCAGGGAUUGAAUCCCGAUUGCUGCCGCUGUAAACACAAAGUGCUGGAGGAACUCGAGCAGGUCGGGCGGCAUCUGUGGAGGGGAAUCGGCAGUCAAUGUUUCAGUUCGGGACUGGAACGGAAAGGGACGGAAGCCAGGAUGAGAAGGUGGAGGGAGGGGGAGGAGUACAGGCUGGCUGGUGACAGGUGAGGGAGCUGAAGUGAGAAGCUGGGAGGUGAUGGGUGAAAAGGGUAAAGGGCUGGAGAAGGAAUCUGAUAGCAGAGGAGCGUGAACCAUGGGAGAAAGGGAAGGAACAGGAAACCAGAGGGGGGCAGUGGGCAGGUGAGGAGAGGAGAAGGGGUAAGAAUGGGGACCUGAUGCUGUAAAGCAUUGUGCCAGCUGCUGUGCAACUGUGCCACCUUUUAGAUUUAACAGCCGAGAGGAAAAAUCAUUGGAUCAGCUCCCAGCUCAGAAAGAAGACAGUCACACAGCUUCCACAGUCAGCUGUAGUCCCAUGUUGUUUGUCUGUCUUCUGCCCUCCAGCUUCCCUCGUGUCUGAGUUCGUACGGGGCGCAGCUGAGGGCAGAGUACAGGUAAUGUUGUACCAGACCCCACCGUGCAGUGCGCCAGUCUCAGUUAGCGCAAAGCCAGCAAGCGAGUGUUCUCCCCACCACUGCCAGUCUGUUCUUGCAGAGACCACGCCUGGGGGAGAUCUGUCGCCAGCCCUGAACAUAGGCUGGACCAGAUCAAAGUUGAAAGCAAAUUUAUUAUCAAAGUAUAUAUGUGCCGCCAUAUACAACCCUGAGAUCCAGUUACUUGCAAGCUUUCACAGUGAAUACAAAUGAACAAAGUAAAAUAGUAAUAUAAUAAGACAAUAAAGAAGAAAGUAAACAAUAAAUAUCAAGGACAUGAGAUGAAGAGUCCUUGAAAUGGAGUCCAUAGAUUGUGGGUCAAGUGAAGUUAUCCCCUCUGGUUCAGGAGCCUGAUGGUUGAGGGGUAAUAACUGUUUCUAAACCUGGUGUCGUGGAUCCUGUACCACCUUGAUGGCAACAGUGAGAAGGGAGCAAGGCCUGGAUGGUGGGGGGGUCCCUGGUGCUGGGUGCUGCCCUCCUGUGACAGCGCUUCAUGUAAACAAGCUCAGUGAUGUGGGAGGGCUUUACACGUGAUUACCGAGGAAUUUGAAGUUGCAGACCAACUCACAGUGACACUGACACCAUUUGCAAUUUGCAAAAGGGGGAGAAAGAUCAAAUGUUUAAAAAUUGUAUUGGUAACUCUUUGACUAUACUGAAGUCCCUUCUGUACAACCUUUGCCUUCCUGUCUUGCUCGUACUUCAUAGCUCAUAACGUUGCACAGUGUCUGUAAGUGUUUUUUUGGACUAGUACACCUUUUGUUUCAGUUGGAACUAAUGAUCCUCUGUCUCCCCUCAUGGGCUCUGUCUGUCUCUUUGGAAGAGUUGACUGCAACUCCUGUGCGAGACACCUCGCAGUAAAGAGCUGAUGACCUCUCCCCUCGUGCUUUGUACGUGUGAGGAAUGUUAAGUUAUGAUUUUUGUGUGUAUAUUGCAGACUUUAUCAACAUAUUGUAACCAGUCAUCUCAAAAUACAGAUGUACAUUCAAAGUAUUUAUACUUCUUGCUUAAGAGAGAAAAUGUUAUAUUGAUUUUUUUUUAAUAAUAAGUGCUGGUGAAAUAUG